GCUCUCACACACACGCGCGCGCACGUCUAGCUUCUCGCAGCGCCGGUUGUUUCGUCGCUGCCCUUUUUCCAGCCUUCCGUCGUGGCGACAACAGCGGAGGUGACGGGGAAAGGAUACGAUCGUACGACCACGACGCGGCGGGCGCCGGCAGUAACCUUCAGCGAAAACGGCUCGCUUCCCGGGCGACUGCGACAAACGACGGAGCGGUAGUGUGGAUAGCCAGUGAACCUGGCUGCUGCCUGACGGGUAAUCCGCACCGACACCGACCCGUCGAUCAAGGAUUAGAGGUCUUCAGGACAUCGACCUGCCUCAUACGGAGCGGAAGAAAUAAAAAAAAAAAACUUUUUCAAAACACACCUCAUCCUGCCGGAGUUGAAAGAGUCCAGUUGGCCCAACUUCCCGCCUUCAAGAACCACUGCACUGCUAAGCAUCGCUGCUUACGUGCAAACUGCGACCUCCUCCACUGCUCCAGUUGUCGCUCAAGGUUUGCCCCUCCGUCUAAGCCGUAGUGCACCCUGAGCACGAAGGUGAACAAGUCCGUCUGAUUUGGAGGCACUUCUUUCAAGACUGCAGACAAGUUCGAUACCACAGAACACGGGCUUCAUCGCUUUACCGAAGGGGCUACUCUACUUCACCGAGUGUAAGCUCUGUGUUUCUGCUCCACAAGAAGGAGAAGUUGUAACAACGUUAUUGACGGCCGUACGCGUCUCUUCGGUGCCUUCACGUGGGUCAUCAACGCGGCAGUUCUGAAGGCCCGGUCCGAGGGUGUUCGCGGCGCGACGCGUGAAAAGUGGAUGCGUCCGACCUUGUUCGGCGAAGUACGGCGCUGUGACUACUGGUCCGAACACGAAUCCGUCCACCGUGACAACUGGGCUUCCAGCGAGUACUCCUGGCUCGUCUGUAAACAGAUAAAAUGCUGCAUAUGCUGAAGGGUCGCCGGCUGCCCUGCCUGAAGGUUGUCCUAUCUCGCUGCUCCUCGGAGUUGCGUUCUGCGAGACACAAGACCAUCGCCAUCCGGCGCGAAGAUGCAUCGCUGUGGGAACGCCGGGCUCCGCUGGCGCCGCACCAUGUCCGGGCGCUCGCCAAGAAUGGCGUCAAAGUUUACGUGCAGCCUUCCAACAGGAGGGCAUACCCGAUUCAGGCUUACGUGAACGCCGGCGCUGAGGUUCGCGAAGACAUCAGCGACGUGCCGGUCAUCAUCGGCGUCAAGCAGGUUCCCAUCGACCAGCUUCACCCGAACAAGACGUACGUCUUCUUCUCACACACCAUCAAGGCGCAGGAGGCCAACAUGCCCAUGCUGGAUGUCAUCCUGGAGCGCAACAUCCGCCUCAUCGACUACGAGCGCAUGUGCGACGAGAACGGCUCGCGUGUGGUGGCCUUCGGAAAGUACGCCGGUAAAGCCGGCAUGAUCAACAUCCUCCACGGGCUCGGACUGCGACUGCUCGCACUGGGUCAUCACACACCGUUCAUGCACAUCGGUCCGGCGCACAACUACCGCAACAGCGGCAUGGCCAAGCAGGCCGUGCGCGAUGCCGGCUACGAGAUCGCACUCGGAAUGAUGCCCCGCUCCAUCGGGCCGCUCACGUUCGUCUUCACGGGAUCUGGAAACGUCUCUCAGGGGGCACAGGAUAUAUUCGAGUCGCUUCCCUGCGAAUGGGUCGAUCCGAGAGACCUACGUGAAGUAUGCGAACAGGGCGCUAUCUCCAAAGUCUACGGCGCUGUGGUCAGCAGGGACGAUCACUACCGAAGGAUCGAGGAUGACCACUACGACCCUGAAGAGUGCGACCAGUUCCCCGAGCGCUACUAUUCCACCUUUUCCAAGGACAUCGCUCCUUACGCGUCGGUGAUCGUGAACGGCAUCUACUGGGCGGUCAACUCUCCCAAGCUGCUGACCAUUCCAGACGCCAAGCGGCUCCUGCAGCCCACCAACACGCCGUGGCUGCCCAGCAGCGCCGGGGCGCCGUCUUUGCCCCACCGGCUGCUCGCCAUUUGCGACAUCAGCGCCGACCCCGGUGGCUCCAUCGAGUUCAUGAACGAGUGCACCACCAUCGACGCGCCAUUCUGUCUCUAUGACGCCGACCAGCACAAGAACACCGAGAGCUUCGCGGGCCCCGGCGUUCUCGUGUGUUCCAUCGACAACAUGCCGACGCAGCUGCCUCUGGAAGCGACCGACUAUUUCGGAAAGCUGCUGAUGCCCUACAUCAACGACAUUAUUGCCUCGGACGCGACGAAGCCCCUGUCUCAACACAGAAUGUCGUCAGUCGUCGAAGGGGCUGUUAUCGCCAGCAACGGAAAGCUGACGCCCAGUUACGAGUACAUCGAGGACCUGCGCAACACGUCAAGGUCCAUGAAGAAGGCGCAGAGUGCCACGGCUGCGAAGAUGAAGAAGGUACUGGUGCUGGGCGCGGGCUACGUGUCGGCGCCUCUGGUCGAGUACCUGACGAGGGACGACUCCGUGCACGUCGUCAUCGGGACGGCGUUCCAGAAGGAAGGGGAGGCUCUGGCCAUCAAGACGCCCAACACAGAGUCCGUGGUCGUGGAUGUGACGAAGACUCCGGACGCGAUCCAGAACCUCAUCAAGGACGCCGAUUUAGUGGUCAGCUUGCUGCCUUACCCUCUGCACCCAACGAUAGCCCAGUACUGCAUCGCGCACAAGACGAACAUGGUGACUGCCAGCUACCUCACCCCGGAGAUGAAAGAACUGCACAGCGCAGCCGCUGACGCAAACAUCACCGUGAUGAACGAAGUCGGCCUCGACCCUGGCAUCGAUCACCUCCUGGCCAUGGAGUGCUUCGACGAAGUGCGCAGGAAGGGCGGAAAGGUCGUUUCGUUCGUGUCCUACUGUGGUGGUUUGCCAGCGCCGGAACAUGCCAACAACCCACUUCGAUACAAGAUCAGCUGGAAUCCACGAAGUGCCUUUGUCAACUGCAUGGGACCCGCUCGAUAUCUGGAAAAUGGCAAGGAGGUGGAAAUCCCGCCCGGCAGCCUUCUGGACAACGCCGGGAGCGUUCCCUUCCUGCCUGGCUUCAACCUCGAAGGAUACCCGAACAGGGACUCGCUCAUCUACAAAAACACCUACGGAAUCGGCAACGCACACACCGUGCUUCGCGGCACGCUCAGAUACAAGGGAUUCUCAAGCGCCAUGAAAGGACUUCAGCUUCUCGGACUUCUGAGUGGAGAGCCCCAUCCCACCUUGCACCCGAGGGGACCGGAGAUUACCUGGCGUCAAUUCAUGACGACGCUGAUGGGCCAACCGGACAAUCUGCUCACCUCCAACAUCAAGAAUCUCAUCUACGACAGGGUCGACAAGUGCGAGUUCAGGACGAAAGCCAUCGAAGAUCUGGGCCUCCUCGACGACACACCGGUGGAGAAGAAAAACACGCCCCUGGACACACUCAUCUUCCAUCUGUCCAACAGGCUUGCAUACGAACCUGGCGAGCGGGACUUGGUCAUCAUGAGGCACGACAUUGGCAUCCAGUGGCACGAUGAAAAGAAGGAAAUGAGGCACGUCGACAUGGUCACCUACGGCGACCCCAACGGCUACUCCGCAAUGGCGAAGACUGUCGGCUACCCGGCCGCCAUCGCUGCCAAAAUGAUCUUGCAGGGGGAGAUCCAGGGCAAAGGCAUGGUGCUUCCGUUCGCCCAGGAGAUCUACGGACCGAUGCUCCAGCGGCUCAAGAACGAAGGCAUUCGAUGCUCGGAGACGACCACAAAGAACUACCCAUAAGCGUGCGCAGGCAGCCGCACCGUUCCUCGCAGACUGACGGCGUUGGUUUAAGGUGGACUCGUGUGUGACGCGGCAAAAUCGCCGAAUCAUUCCGCGGAGCGAGUCACGUGGCUCGGCGCUAAGGACACGAUGACGCGGCGAAAAAUGUGGCUCAACGGCGCUGGCCGUGCGUUAAGAAACUUCGCGAACGAGCUGCUGACCGCGGUGGUCCACGUUCAGCGCCUCGUGGAUAUAACUCGAAGCCUGCUUGCUCAGACGGUCGUGACGUCACCAGCCCGACGUGCCGGCGCUGUAACGCUUCUUUUUCGUGCGUGAUGUGUGCUUUUCUUUACAGAGAGCGAUAUCGAUAGUCACGCCGGCGCGUCCAGCUACGGCGGUGACGCGAGUGCCGGAGCAACCAGGCUUGAAGUUGUAUCUAGGCGGCGUCCGCGGAAUGAAUCGGCAGUUCCGUUGUACGUCGAGUGAAUGUGUGUAUGCCUACGAGAAGCGUUUUGCGGCUUCAAGCUGUAUAGUGCUGGCGUCGAGGCACGGAAAAAGCACGACUCGUAUUGCGUCGGAAACUACACCCAGGCCCAGUACAGUCGUCGAAAACUGCAUCAAAGCGUUAACGGGUCUUCCGCAGCCUUCACUGCCCUGCUUCCGUGUACAUAAGACGUUUUGCCGCGCUUUUUGCGCCCGGCCAACGUUACCAUGCUUUUUUUUUUUACCUUU